CUACCGAAGAAAGAGCCACGAUUACUGCACUGUGCGAAAGUAUUUGACCGAGCCGCGUUUUUACCACAAACAUGGAUGAUCCCACUCCCUACCCGGUUGGUUUAACCCCUCGUCCCCGGGUUAAAAUAAUUACCUCGCCUAAAAUUACGGCGGUUGUCCGCGCAAACGAGAUACCUUCCCAGCAGCACGUGGUUGUCUUUGAGGGGUUGAGAGAGUUCAAAGGUGUACUCAAGACCUCUUCCGUGGCCUCCCAUGGCGGCGAGGGUGAUGCCCCAGCUCAGAAACAAAGCAGGACACACCUGGAUGAGAAACUCUCUGACAGCUGUGAUGGAGUUCUCCUGGAGGUCUAUCAGCUGGCCAUGUUGCAGCGUGAGCACUUCCUCCGUGCUAAUAACGGGCCACACAGAGAGGGGAUUGACCUGAGCUGGGGACUUCUGGCUCUUCUCUGCAAGAGGAAUGGAAUGGUCACUGACAAUGACAUAGCCAACCUUCUACUACAAAAGUGUUUGGAUUCCAAUGAGCCGGAGACUUGCUGUGCCUUUGACAACCUUGGUAAUGGGACCUCCAAUCUUGCUAGGCUGCUCCUUGCUGGCAAAACCAAGGAAGCCAUUGACCAGGCGAGUAGUCAAGGCGUAUGGCACCAUGCCUUUACCCUAAACAACUUAGAGAGACAUGGCCAAUCUGACUGCAUAAUGUCCAGGUUCAUUAAUGACCUGGAUGAUUUGGAUUUACUGAAGACCUACUAUCAGGUCCGGCUGGGAGAAAUGCCGUCUGCUGCCUCUGCAUGUGCUGAGGACAGCUGUGGAACCUGGCGUCUGCACCUUGCCAUUGUGGUAGCAUUCACAGAAAUCAACCACCUUCGAAAGAUGUCCAUUACAAAGAUGGCAGAAACCUUGGCCUCUAAUGGACAGGCACAUGCCGCGCAGUUCUGCCAUUUGGUUCUGCAGUUAGAUCGGGAGAACCUCCUCAAUGCGUCACUGCACGAUGUCGUGGGGAAGUGGAUGGGGCUCUUGGCGGAGAUGGACAAAGAGGUUCCACAGAUACAUCCGGCGGCCUCAGGAGAGCAUCUCAUGGACCAUGAGGAGAGGAAGGUUCCUCUUCCACAUCCGGCGGCCUCAGGAGAACAUUCCCUGGACCCUGAGGAGAGGAAGGUUCCUCUGUCACAGGAACCAGCUCUGCUGCUGUCAGCUGAGCCUCAAGUGCCAAAGGAUGGCAGUGGACUCGCUGAGGUCACGGUCACUUCCUGUGACCUCCGAGCAGCCCCCUGCGUGCCCUGAGGAGAGGAAGGCUCCACCGUCUGAGGAUCAGUUCAGACAGCUGAUCGGCCCUCUCCUGCCACCACCUGUGUGUGUGUUGAGGGUUGAAGUCCAGGAGAGCGCAUGCCAGCCACUGCCAACCAGCACCACUGUCAAGAAAGACUCGAAAAAGAAACAAUCUAAGAAGAGGUCUUGGUUUCGCUGCAUCAGCUGCUUGGGUAGCAGAACUAAGGACUAAAUGUUCUACUCAGCCAGCUCCAAGAUAUCACUUCAUUUUCACCAAGAAUUUAUUUUUGUA